CCGCCCCGCCCCCGCCCCCGCUGGGUCCUAGCGCCGGCCCCUCUCCGGCAGUGUCCCGGGCUCCGUCGGCGAGAGGAGCCGCAGCCGACGCCGCGGAGCCAGCCCGAGCCCGACCAGAGAAGCCCCGCCCACCAAGGUCAUGGAGGUGGAGGCUGCAGAGCCCCGGUCUCCCACUCCUGGCUACAAGCGCUCAGGCCGGCGCUACAAGUGCCUGUCCUGCACCAAGACAUUUCCAAACGCUCCCAGGGCAGCGCGCCAUGCUGCCACACAUGGGCCUUCGGACUGCACGGAGGAGGCUACCGAAGGGAAGCCAAAGCCAGAGACAGAACCCAAGGCGGAGGAAGCCAGUGGGGACAAGGUGUCAGGGUCAGCGGCUAAGCCUCGGCCCUAUGCGUGCCCACUGUGCCCCAAGGCUUAUAAGACAGCCCCCGAGCUGCGCAGCCACGGGCGCAGCCACACCGGCGAGAAGCCCUUCCCGUGCCCCGAGUGUGGCCGUCGCUUCAUGCAGCCCGUGUGCCUGCGUGUGCACCUGGCCUCGCACGCGGGGGAGCUGCCCUUCCGCUGCGCGCACUGCCCCAAGGCCUAUGGUGCGCUCUCCAAGCUCAAGAUCCACCAGCGCGGCCACACAGGCGAGCGACCCUACGCCUGCGCUGACUGCGGCAAGAGCUUCGCUGACCCCUCAGUGUUCCGCAAGCACCGGCGCACACACGCCGGCCUGAGGCCCUAUGGCUGCGAGCGCUGCGGCAAAGCCUACGCCGAGCUCAAGGACCUGCGCAACCAUGAGCGGUCCCACACCGGCGAGCGCCCCUUCCUCUGCUCUGAGUGCGGGAAGAGCUUCUCCCGCUCGUCCUCACUCACCUGCCACCAGCGUAUCCACGCGGCACAGAAGCCCUAUCGCUGCCCGGCCUGCGGCAAGGGCUUCACGCAGCUCAGCUCCUACCAGAGCCACGAGCGCACUCACUCCGGGGAGAAGCCCUUCCUGUGCCCGCGCUGCGGCCGCAUGUUCUCCGACCCCUCGAGCUUCCGGCGCCACCAGCGUGCGCAUGAGGGCGUGAAGCCGUACCGCUGCGAAAAGUGCGGCAAGGACUUCCGGCAGCCCGCUGACCUGGCCAUGCACCGGCGCGUGCACACGGGCGACCGGCCCUUCAAGUGCCUGCAGUGCGACAAGACGUUCGUGGCGUCCUGGGACCUCAAGCGGCACGCGCUGGUGCACUCGGGCCAGCGGCCCUUCCGCUGCGAGGAGUGCGGGCGAGCCUUCGCCGAGCGCGCCAGCCUCACCAAGCACAGCCGCGUGCACUCCGGGGAGCGCCCGUUCCACUGCAACGCCUGCGGCAAGUCAUUCGUGGUGUCAUCGAGCCUGCGGAAGCACGAGCGGACCCAUCGAAGCAGCGAGGCGUCGGGGGCUCCCCCGCAGCAGGAGCUGGUCGUGGGGCUGGCACUGCCCGUCGGUGUGGCGGGCGAGGGCUCGGCUGCCCCGGCAGCAGGUACAGGGCUAGGAGACCCUCCGGCAGGGCUGCUGGGGCUGCCGCCGGAAUCCGGCGGUGUGAUGGCCACCCAGUGGCAAGUGGUAGGUAUGACAGUGGAGCACGUGGAGUGCCAGGAUGCUGCGGUCGGGGAGGCUCCCGGUCCCUUGGGAGGGGCAGGCGAGGUGGGGGGUGAGGAGGCCGAUGAGAAGCCGCCGCAGUUUGCGUGCCGCGAGUGCAAGGAGAGCUUCGCCACAAUGACCUUGCUGCGGCGGCACGAGCGCUCCCACCCGGAGCUGCGGCCCUUUCCCUGCAGCCAGUGCGGCAAGAGCUUCUCAGACCGCGCUGGGCUGCGCAAACACAGCCGCACCCACAGCUCCGUGCGCCCUUACACCUGCCCCCACUGCCCCAAGGCCUUCCUGAGCGCCAGCGACCUACGCAAGCAUGAACGCACCCACCCUGUGCCCCUGGGGACCCCCACGCCCCUGGAGCCCCUGGUGGCUUUGCUAGGAAUGCCUGAGGAGGGGCCAGCCUGAAGCCCACAGCCCCCUCCACCGCACCCCCAGGAGCCCGGCCCCCACAGGGUGCCUGCUCAAUCUCCUUGUUCCCCGGCUCGUUAGACUCCACGCCCCCAGGCAUCUGGCCCAGCUGUCUCCCAACAGAGCCACAGUACCGGCCAGGCAGCCGCCGAGACAGGGCCCUCACCGAGUAUUGCGCAUUAAAGCUUGCACUGGACACUGGGCGGUCUGCCGCGUUUGGUUGGGAAGGAGCAGGUGGAAGUUGCGAGACCCCGCCUCCCGCCCCCAGACAGAUGCAUCCUUUCCCAGAGUGUGUCCCGGGAUGACAAAGGGUUCCAUGGCCUCUACGUGCAGGAAAUUCUCUAUGCCCUUCUUGGGGAUUCUGCAACAAACAGAUCUGCUGAGCUGUGUUUAGCCCAGGCUUACUUGACCAUGGAAAUCUUUCUACUUAGUAAUUCUACUUCUGACCCUUUUCCCUGUCAUGCACACUGCAGCAAAAAAAUCAGGAAGCAUACUCAAAGGGAAAAAGGUUCCCACUCACAACCAAGAAACUACACAGGAGAUACACCUCACGAGAAAUGUGCAAAUUGUUAAUGAAAGAAAAUGAAAUGACAGAGAGACCUUACCUGAAGGGUAAGACCUGAACGAGAAGACUCGGUAUGAAAAGAUGUUGAUUCUCUGAACCGGACUCAAAGAUUCCGAGUUCGUAUGCAAUAUAUAUUUUUAAAGACAGAUGCGAUGUUUCAAGGUGAUGCAUUUAUCAUCCUAGGUAGUCAAAUGCUAAAAGCCUUGGCGUGAAGAUAGGAUAUUAUUGGCUAAAGAAUAAGUCAAUAGAAUGUUAGAGGCAUCCAGAACAACUCUGAAUAUUCCUGUGAAUUUACGAUGCAUAUGAUUGUCUGCAUCCAUGGGAAAAGAAGACGCUUACAUAGUUCCCCCCGUGUAUCCAUUCUCUGGAGAGCUACACAGCUGUUACACAGUCAAUUCUCAAAGACCCACCAAAAAUGGAAAAGCAAAACAGGAGGCUGUCUGCUCAGUGUAAACUGGUACAGCCUCUUGGAAAAAUUAUUCGAUGAUGCUUAGCAAAAAAAAAAAAAGUUAAAUGUACAAACCCUUUGACCCAGCAAGUAGGCCUUGGGAUUUACACCACAGAUUUCCCUUCCCCUCUUUGGAAAAGUUGAAGGCAGCAGAAUGUCCAGUGUGGCAAACUCUGGUAAGAAAGCACUGGGAACACUCAAUGUCACUGGGAGAGGACUGAUUUAAAAAAGACCGGCCACUGUGAAAUGUACUCUCAGCCCUUUCUUCCUUCCCUCCUUUCCUUUUUAGUAAGGCCUGUCUAUGUUGAAAUUAUCCACAAAAUAAAUCAGAUGAUACAAAUGAGAGGCACAAGCUGUGUGGUUAGUAUGCCGCCCUUUGGACCAAAUCACUUAAGUGCUCAAGUUCCUAUAGAAUAUUUCUCGAAGAAUAUUCAAGAAUUGAUUCCAGGUUAUAAUUUCCAACCGCUAGGGCCUUCCCCCAACCCAAAACAAAGCCAAAGGUCAGAGUGGACCAGAACCUCAUUUCUGUUCCCAUCAAGACUGGGCCAUGGCACGAAAUGAGCAGCAUGUAACUCAUCUCCAGCCCCACCGGCUAUUCCUGGGGACUCUGAACCCACAGCCCAGUCAGUGGUCAGCACCAGAAGCCGAUGCCCCCCUUGAUGGCAGGGGUCUCUGCACUGUCGUGCCCAGGCCCUCAGAUACUAGCCUUGAAAGAGGCCAUGGCUGCUGAUCCCAGCAGAACAAGGCCCAUGGGCAAUGGCAGGGCUGGAGUAUCAUGGCUGGAGGAAGAGUAUCCCUGCUCCUCCUCAUACCCAGAGCAGGAUGAGCACUGACCCCCGGCUCCUACCUGUCCAGGUUGGAACCAAAGUGUGAUGGCAGAAAGAAAUGGAGCAGACUGGAAGGAGGCGGGCUCUGAACAGGUUGGUUUAGCUUAGGGGUAAGGAGGCACCUUGGAAAAGUUGGGCCCGGGAUACCAUAUACACUAACCAAUGAUACCCUUGAGUAUCGACUGAAAUCCCAUGGUCUCCUUGGGCAUUCCAGGCAGCCACACCUGAGGCUCCCACACAGCUUUACAGGAUACAUCUUACGUACUGUACAGUUGGGUUAUGCAACCGUCACCAUCUAGUUCUGGAACAUGUUCAUCCCCUUGAAACUCCAUGCCUGUGAGCUCACUCCCUAUCCGCCCCACCCCCCACCCCCUGUCCUAACCACUCAGCUCUGGUCACUCAUUGAUCUACUUUCUGGACUUUUCUGUUCUGGACAUUUCAAGUAAAUGGAAUCAAACAAUAUGUGGGUUUUUGUGACUCAGUUUUACUUACCAUUAUGUUUCAAGUUUCCUCCAUUGGGUAGCUUGUAUUAUUACUUUUAUUAUCAAAUAAUACUGUUUUGUUUGCCCACUCAUCAGCUGGUGGACCCCUGAAAUGUUUGCAUAUUUGGCUAUUUUGUGUCAUGCUACUAGGAACAUUCAGAUAGAAACCUUUGUCUGGACCUGUUUCCAGUCCUCUGGUGUGUACUAUACUAAGCAGAAUUGCAGGCUCGUAUGAUAACUCUGUGUCAAUCCACUUGGGGAUGUUUUCCAAACCAGCUGCACCAUUCCGCAUUCCAACAGGGCGUGAGGGUUCCAGUUUCUCCACAUCCUCACCAAUACUUACUGUCAUCUGUAAGAUUCGUCGGUCGGUAUGGUGACCAUCCUGGUAGGCGUGAGUUUUGUAGCUAGGGCUUACAUUUUCCUUGAUGGCAAAUGAUGUUGAGUGUCUUUUCAUGUGCUUCCUGGCCAUCUACAUAUUAUCUUUGGAAAAAUGCCUGUGCAUUUUUUGCCCAUUUUUAAAUUUGGUUCUCCUUUUGCUGUUGAGUGGUUAAGAGUUCAGGCGCCUUAUGAUUUGCCAAAAUCCUCGUCACUUGUGAAUUGCCUUUUUACUUUAUGGAUGGUGCUGUUUGAAACAUGAUGUCCAGUUCCUUUUUUAAAUUUUUUUUUCUUAUUUGGUUUCAUGUGCUUGGGGUGCCAUAUCUAAGAAACCAUUUCCUAAUUUAAGGGCAUGAAGAUUUAUGCUUAUGUUUUCAUCUAAGAGUUCAUAGCUGAAAGUUUUAUGAGCGCUUAGAAAGUUUAUAACUUAGUUAUAAACUUUUUUUUUUUUUUUUUUGACAGGCAGAGUGGACAGUGAGAGAGAGAGACAGAGAGAAAGGUCUUCCUUUUGCCGUUGGUUCACCCUCCAAUGAGGGUGGCCGGUGUGCUGCGGCUGGCACAUCGCGCUGAUCCGAAGGCAGGAGCCAGGUGCUUCUCCUGGUCUCCCAUGGGGUGCAGGGCCCAAGCACUUGGGCCAUCCUCCACUGCACUCCCAGGCCACAGCAGAGAGCUGGCCUGGAAGAGGGGCAACCGGGACAGAAUCCGGCGCCCCGACCGGGACUAGAACCUGGUGUGCCGGCGCCGCAAGGCGGAGAAUUAGCCUAUUGAGCCACGGCGCCAGCCAGUUAUAAACUCUUGAGAGUUUUUAUAAACUAUGAAUGGCAUAAAGCUAAAAACUCUCACAUUUAGGUCUUUGAUCCAUUUUGAGUUAAUUUUUGUAUAUGAUUUGAGGCAGGGGGGUCUGACUUGAUUCUUUUGCAUGUGGAUAUCCAAUUGUCCCAGUUACAUUUGUUGAAAAGACUAUUCUUUCUACACUAAAUUGUCUUGACACCCUUGUUGAAAAUAAACUGACUGUAAAUACGA